AUUUGCCAACGUGAGUGGACGUGCGAAACGAGUGUAGUGUUUGAAAAAAUAUCAAAAGAAAAAUACACAAAACGGGGGAAACAAGUGGAAAAGCCAUAUAAAAAUAGGCCCAAAUUUGUUUAAAUAUCAAGAGUACAACAAGAAAUAAUAAUAAUUUAUAAAAAAUAUAAGCCCAAUAAAAACAGCCCAAAAUGAGUCAGUCGUGUCUGCCAGUUCAAGCAAAAAUGUCGAAAGCAAAGAAGGUUUUGGAUGAAGCGCGUGAAACCCAAAAUCGUGAACUCGAUUUAGUGGAUAAAGGCAUUAGUUCCUUUGAGGAGUUGCCGGGAUUGUUUAACAUGUCCAACAUCACCCGCCUGACACUGAGCCACAAUCGCAUCAGUAUUAUCAAUCCUGGCAUUGCAAAUUUACUAAAUUUAGAAAUCCUAAAUCUUUCCAACAACUUUUUGCGUGAGCUACCCGUUUCACUGUCAUCCAUGCCAAAACUGCGCAUCUUGAAUGUCUCCAUAAAUCGCUUGGACAGUUUGCCACGUGGCUUUGGAGCAUUUCCCGUUUUGGAAGUUUUGGAUUUAUCCUAUAACAAUAUAAAUGAGAAUGUGUUGCCGGGAAAUUUCUUUAUGAUGGAGACAUUGCGUGCCCUAUACUUGGGAGACAAUGAUUUCGAAUAUUUACCACCCGGCUUGGGAAAUUUAAAAAACCUGCAAAUUUUGGGUCUGCGAGACAAUGACUUGCUGGAACUGCCGCGAGAAAUUGGAGAGUUGACUCGGCUACGAGAAUUACACAUACAACACAAUCGUUUGCAGAUUUUGCCACCCGAAGUGGCACAAUUAGAUUUGCUGGGCAGCAAAUCUGUCAUGAAAAUGGAAGAGAAUCCUUGGGUUCAACCCAUAGCCGAGCAAUACCUUUUGGGUAUUAGUCAUGUCAUUGAAUAUUUGAAAACGGAAACCUAUAAAAUCAUCUACAAUCGUCACAUGAAUGGAGGUCGAAGCGGGCCAGUUCCCCCAAAAGCUGACAAAAGCAAAAAGGCCUCACGUUUUAGGGCUUGAAUAGAAGUAUCCCUACACAUCACUUUCUUGCAAUGGGCUCCAAGUGCGAAUAUUAGUGCCUUUUAUCAAUGUAAUUUGUAUUCUAUUUACAUGUGUUCUGCCUGUGUAUGUUUUGUUGUAUUUACUAACAACUUUUUUUAACACAUAUUUUUUCUACUUUUUUAAUUUAUAAAAUAUUUUUUAAUAAAACACAACUAAUGUAGAUAUGGAAA